AUGGAAUACCAUUUUGUGCCCCCAGAGGAGCGCGCCCGGGACGACAAGGGGAAUCUCUUGCCGUGGGGCUAUGUAUACAAAGACGAAUCCCGCAACCCACGACGACCACCCGAAGAAUCGGGCCCAUUUGGCAAGAGACGAAAUGCCCGCUACGAACAGGCCCGAUCGCGUACACGCACCGGAACACCAGCCAAGCGCGAAAACCCCAACGUAGCAGAGUUCGGGCGGUUGUUCGCCCAGCAACAAGAGGAGGAGAAGAGUCGGAAUACCCUACCCAAGUCCUCAUCCUCGUCGAGUCUCGACAACCCGCGGAAACAGACAGAGAAGGUCGCGACUGAGUGCAUACUCUACGGCUAUAGGAGCAAGGACUGCGAGUGGAAGGUCAUCGACAAGUAUGAGAAGAUCUCCCAGGGCCUGAUCUGCGAGGACUACCCCCGCAGCGACCCUGACUCGGCGAGUAGCUUUGCGCAGCUUCUCAGUGGUGGCGACAUUGUUAUCCGCGCCAACUUGUCUGUGGAGGCGAAUCGCAAAUCGAAACGGUAUGCGGGCGGAUUCCACUGGAUCAAAGUGACGUUCGACUCGACUAUCGCUGCGGACCGCGCGUGCUUCUACUCGCCACAGGAGAUUGAUGGGUAUCUCGUCUUUUGCGAGCUGUAUCACGGCUCAGGACCUGCGGAGGAUGUCCCGAUUGCCAUGGACUCGUCAGCUGCCCUCCAGCUGAAGUCGAAGGCUCCGCGAACCUUGACCACUUCACAUUCCACCACAUUCCUCCAAUCGCAAGACAGAGACCGUCCAGCCACCUUGCCGCGAUCGUUCGCCAUGAACAAUCUGUCGAGCGUACCUGAUGUCAACGAAGAGGAGGAAUCGUUAAUAUCUACUAACACUGCAAGCUCAGCCACCGCCACGGGCGUUGAGCAAGCACCCUCCCUUCAACAACGAAAUGUCCCUCCAGAACCCAAACCCGAAUCCGAUUUCAUGACACACAUCCCGACAGUUCGUCGAACGAAACUCCGCCCGAUCACCGAGGCGCUCCCUCCCCAGCCCACAGUGACUGAGCGCGUUUUACGGUCGAUUCCCAUCCUCAGCUGGUUCACUGGCGAUAUAGUAGGUGAUGGGCCCCAGUUGCGUGAAGAUGGAACCUUUGAUUACGACAAAUCCAACACGUACUGGAAAUUCUGGUACAUGGUGGAUGUCGUUCUUGGAACCGAUAUCUGUGGACUGAAGGAGGAGUCGUGA